GGCCCGGGGGUUGGCGGGGUACGACUCACCUGGGGCUCCCGGGGACCGGCGGCCGCGAAUCUGCCCCGAUGCGAGCUGCGGGGAAGGUUUCGGCCUUCUCUGCAGAGUUAUUUGAUCGCCAAGACCGAAGUUCCUCUGGUGGAAUGAAUGGGCUCUGGCUGCUCUUAAGGUCUGGGUCAACAAAAAUCACAUGGAAAACAUAACGUGGUUGUAAAAAAAAAAAAAAAAAGAAGGUAAAACCACUAGAAACAAGCCGUUUGUUGCCCAGUACUUAAAUAAAUGCACGGGCCUUAGGGCAGCGAAGCGGCUGCUGGGCUGUCACACAAACCCCGUGUGCUUCUCUCCUUUUCUCCGCAGCGUCCCAGCCCCUCCAACCCUCCUGUGCUCCCCUUUUUCGCCCUCCACUUAAUUUUCUGCUGAUGUGCUCCCCUAAGCAGGGCUGUGACACACGCUGCUGCGGGCAGUCACACCGGGGAGGGUUAAGGUUGGUGAGAGCCAUGGGUGUGCUCGAAGACCAAUUAAAUAUGUUGCAACCUGUUUUAAGUUAGUAAUGUUUCUUUUAAAAGGUCUCAUUGUAUUAUUUAGGUUGGAAAAGACCGGUCAGCGUCGCGGCUGUGUCUGGUGUCGCUGCUGUUUGAGCGAAAGCUCCACUUGGAGGUGUCCCUGGAGCAUGGCAGCUAAGUGGAGCGGUGGGCAUUCCUCCUCUGUCCUGUGCCUGACCGUGAGCACGGAAGGGCUGGUGGCCUCCGGCGCGGAGCGGGGCGAGCUGGCGCUCUGGGAUGGGGGAGGCUCGCCCGUGGCUCAGCUGCGGCUCCCGCAGGCGGAGGACGUGACCUCGGUGGUGUUCUCCUCCCGCCGGCCCAGCACGCUGUACACGUCCCACGGAGAAAGCAUCAGCGUGCUGGAUGUGCGCUCCCUCCAGGAGCCCCUGCAGCGCUUCCACGUGAACGAGGAGGAGAUCAACUGCCUCUCGGUGAACGACACCGACAGCUUCCUGGCUGCGGCCGAUGACUCGGGGGCCAUAAAGGUUGUGGACUUGGAGAGCAAGAAAGUCAGCCGGUCCUUGAGACACUCCAACAUCUGCUCGUCUGUUGCCUUCCGACCUCAGCGGCCUCAAAGCCUGGUUUCCUGUGGACUGGACAUGCAGGUGAUGCUGUGGAACCUGCAGAAAGUUCGUCCCAUGUGGAGCACGAACCUGCAGGAGUGUGAGAUGGAUGAAGAGAGCCUGCAGUCAGCCGGGCAGUUCUUCAACCCGCCGCUCGCGCAUUCCCUGUCCGUGGCCUCCUGCGGCAACAUCUUCGGCUGUGGAGCUCAGGACGGUAAAGUCCGACUGUUCCGAGUCACCGGGGCCAGGUUUGAGCGUGAGCUGGAGUUCCAGGCUCACAGCUUGGGAGUCUCACAGGUGCUCUUUAUGCCUGAGGGGUACUCGUUGUUGUCUGGAGGAAACGAUGGGAAAGUCUUGCUCUGGGAUGUCAGCAGCAACGUCGGGAAGCAGCAGAAAAGUCCAGCAAAAUCUCUGCACAGGAGGAAGGCCCAUGCAGCUGCUUGCAGCAGAAAGGAUGGGAAGCUCAACAAAGCGGCCUCAAAUGAACACCCUGGAGUUGUGCCAAAGCUCAGCAUUGAGCACGGAGAGAAGGUGAACUGGCUCUCGUGUGCAGAGAUCAAGGGCUCCAGGAGAGUGUUGGUUGCUGACCAGAGCAGCUCUGUAUCAGCCUAUCCAUUGCCAGAACCUUAAGGCACCCAGGUGCUUAAAGAAGUCUGGGGGAUAAAACCACUUCUCAGAGCCAGUUACAUCCACUGACAGUGAACUGGACAGUGAAGCUCUCUGGGUUCCUGGGAAGGGAAAGAGAUUUGCUGUUCACUGGGGAUGUCCCUGGCCUUGUGCCGGUUCUUUGUGGCUGUUAUGUUCACAGCCACUCUCUUGCAGGGUUGGCAGCUUGCUGCUUGAAUUUAAGUGAAACGGGUCUCUGUAUUUAGGGGUAACAUUAGUUCAUGGCUAAGCUGACGUAAUUAAGGCUGGAGAAGAAAAUUAGUGCUUGGGAGACACCCACAAUGCAAAGUGAGGCUGCUGAGCAGCAGCAGGGCUGUCACUGGCUCAGAUCUAUGUGGUUUGGGCUGUUGCAGUGCUCUGUGUGACUUCUCCCAUGAAGUUGUGUCCCAGUGGCUUAAAGUGGAAUCUGGUUUUCAUCACACUCUGUCAGCAGCUGCAUAGACUAGAGAUGCAUCAAUUAACGAGUAAUCAAAUGAGUUUCCCUGUGGUUGCCAACUGAAUUUUUUCACUGCAGCAGAAGGAGCAGGGGAACUGUUACACCUGUUUGCUGGGUCAGCUGCCAGUUAGUUGUGUAUCCCAGGGAAAAAGAACUAUUACACUUGUCUUAAUAAAUGCUUUCUCUCUCA